GAUCUCGAGUUCCUCCCCUUUCCCUUUGGCUUCUCGAAGGCGAAGAAAAUUGUCGCAGAGAGAGAGAGGAAGCCAAUCAUCGCCAGUUAUUCUGCUCUUCGAGAUAUUCAAAUCCUCCGUCUCUAGAGAAUUCCAGAUCAAGAGAAUCAGUAGUUUCGGUGAAUUUUGGAGGCGGUUGUUGUGGGAAGGUAAUAGGAUAUGGCGCAGGAGCAGGAAGGAGCGGUGGUUGAGAGCGGUGAGCAGGAUGAUUCCGCCGUCGCUGCCGUGGCCGCAACUGCAGACGCAACCUCCGAUAGCGUGAAGAAGAAGCGAAAUGGAUUCUUCUCGCGUAUAUGGAAUGCGAUAUUUAGGGUUAGGGGAGACGAUUUUGAGAAGAGACUUCAAUACAUUUCAAGGGAAGAAGCGACUGUUCUAUCCAGGAUGAAGCGCAGAUCGAUCACAUGGAGGAAACUCACAAGAAAUCUCAUCGUUUCCUCCGUGAUAUUUGAGAUAAUUGCAGUGGGUUAUGCGAUCUUGACAACCAGAACGGGAGAUUUGGAUUGGAAAAUGAGGAGUUUUCGGAUCUUGCCAAUGUUUCUCUUACCUGCUAUAUCUGCACUUGCUUAUUCCUCAAUUGUAACCUUCUCAAAGAUGUUUGAUCGCAGAGAUCAGAAGACUUUGGAAAAGCUUCGAGCAGAAAGGUUGGCUAAAAUCAAUGAGCUUAAAGAAAGGACCAAUUAUUACACUACGCAACAACUUAUUCAGAGAUAUGACCCCGAUCCAGCUGCAAAAGCAGCAGCUGCAACUGUCCUGGCAUCCAAAUUGGGUGCUGAUUCAGGCUUAAAAGUAUUCUUAGGAGAUGAAUCCCAGGUCGAUCCAUCAUCGGGAAAGAGCAAUGACAUGGAGGUUAACCAAUCACGAGGGCUGAGGAAUCGAAGACAACCAAAUGCUAGACCCCACAGUUCUGGGAACACUUCAGCACAUCAUUCUGAUGAUGAGUCUCACCAUUCUGGGACAAGCGAGAGGUUUCCAGGCAGCGCAGAGCAAAACCAGCAGAUGUUGGUUGAGCAUUACAGUCCUCAGGGAUAUGCGGCUCACGAUGGCAGUUGGAUCUCACGCAUCGCGGCCCUUCUUGUCGGCGAAGAUCCCACACAAUCAUAUGCACUCAUUUGUGGAAACUGUCAUAUGCAUAACGGACUUGCUAGGAAAGAGGAUUUCGCUUACAUAACAUAUUACUGCCCUCACUGUAACGCUCUGAACAAACCAAAGCAUUCAGAGGAGAACCCUCUUCUUCAUCCUGUUUCCGCUUCACUGGUCACAGACUCUCCGACAUUGAUCGAAACCAGUGAAGUGGUUAAUAGCAGCAGCUCGAUUAGUGAACGUGGGAAUAGCCCCACUCCUGAAAUAAAGGAGGAAGCUGCGACUACUGAGACCGGGACACCGAGCUGAGGAAGAUCCAGUUAGCUAAAGAAGAAGGCUUUCGUGUGUUUGUGUUACAAAGAAAGAGAGAGUGUGUGUGUGUGUGCGUGUGUUUGUGGAUGUGGGUACUCGUACAGGUAAUUUUAUGCUAUGAACUGCCAAUAUCUGAAGCUGCAUAGUGCUUACAAUUUUGAUUCUGGUCUGUUUUUAUACAACAAGACAAAUAGGGUUUUGAUGGGUAAAUAUUACGAUUGUAAUGUCGUAAACGAUGAAUGUUUUACGUUUUUGGGGGUUAAAAUUUUUUUAAUCCUCUUUACUUUUACAGAUUGUCUCUGUAUUUUUUUUUUUGAUUUUUGGGUUUGAACAACGCUCUGUAUUUUUGU